CGUAGACCUCGAUGUUUAAAUUUUAAUUGCUGUUCUUCCCUGUGCACGAAUCGAAAUUUUAAUUCUUUCGCAACUCUCCACUCGCUCUGAAUCUUCAGCUACACUCGGAGUCGGUUUUAUGUGGGUUGUCUUCUGCUGCUGUUUUACUGUUGGGUUUAGGUUUGAGAGGAGUUGGGAAAGUGAGUGAUCGUUUUGAAGUUCCAGGUUUCUAACGCCCGCCGUGCAUCGAGUAUUUGUGUAGUGGAGGUGUUCUUGGUUUUAGGAAUGUCAAUAUGGCUACUGUAGGCGGCACAUUGGUGUUUGGAAGAGCGGCCUCGUCAUGUUCUCCUCUGAAGUCGGGGAUAGUCUCUCACUAUGAAAGCGUCAAUUGUCACUGUGCACCUACAUUAUGAUGUUCGGUCUACUUGGAACGAUAGGAUUUUUAGACUCCUAUCGAAGGGGAAGGAUUUUGUCACUGUAGUUUAGUUUGGCUCUGCCGCCAGCUUUGGUGUAGGUGUGAUGUUUGAAGCGAUCUGCUUGAGUCCCGAGAUUUCGGAUCUUUGUUAUGGACCUUGAAGCACCUAAUUGGGUCAUUUGCACAUUAUGAACUGCGUUGUUCUUGGUUGAGAUUAGAAAGCUGAAGGAGCUUGGUGUAUCAACCUUGGGAUUAUUUCAUAGUCCUGUAUUACCGAAAACUUAUUUCAAUGAACAGUGUAUCGUUAUGAUGCUGAGGCUUUGCCGAGUUCAGCUUUGCCAUUUCAGGGUAGCGAAGGACGAUUCUAGAAUGUAUCGUACCGUGGACUGCUUUAUGCCAUCGACGAAAUGUGUUUGUGCUCUUUUAACUCGACCAAUGCUUGGUAUGGCGCGCUCGUGUUCUCCAUCUUCGCAGAGGCACUACAGAGAACCUGAAAGUAGAUCAGGGUCCAUUAGAUGAAGUACACAUUUUUGGACCCUUAAAGAAGUCGGCAGUCUAGAUUUGCUGCAAAGUUGGCAGCCAGGCUGUCACCCUGAUUGUGAGAGGGACUCUGGAAUUAAACACGACUAGAUUGACUUGCGAGUAUCAACCAAUGCACGAUGCAGGGUGGCAAUCAGCAGCCCGCACCAAGUCCAACGAAUGAUUCUCUGUCUACCCUAGCCUUCCUUCAUCAUCAGCUGACUCAGCAGUUCUCGACCUCUAAUUUGCCAAAUACACCCUUGCUCUCUUCAUCUCUUGGGUUCUCCAUGAGUGGCAAUGCUCAGGAUCAAAGUCAUACGCAUCAGAACAUUCAACAGCAACAAAUCCAAUCAAUGAUUUCAGGCGGUGGAAGCAGAGGUCAUGCACAAGUAGGGAGCAGAAGUGGUGAAAGCCCUGGAGGGUUGUUUCAGCACUUGCAGCACGGGAACAGGGACUCAAAUCUCGAUCAACAUCAGUUUUAUAAUGAAACGACGAAUCAACUCUUUUCCGAGAAUGUUUUGAACCAGGCUUCCUUGGUGGAACAGCGAGUGCGAAGUAUCACGGAGCAUCUGUCCAUGCUUCAGGAUAGGAUCCAGCAGCUGCAAGCCCUUGUGCCUCUUAUCUCUCAGCUUUCACAUUUCCAGAAUGAGGGCAAUGUUCUAGCCCAACAGCAGGUAGCAAGUGCCGCUGUUGUAAGUAUUACCUCUCAGUUGGCGAUGGUGGCCGUUGAUCUCCUUCUACAGUCGGGUGUAAACACUGGAACUCAACCGAACCAUUCAAAGGAAAUGCAUUUGAGCCAGCUGCUGCAAAAUGCUGCGAAUCCAAACUUUUCCCAGCAGAAUGCACCGAGGCAUGACCUGAGAGCACCUCACAUGAGUCAUUGGAUGGAAAAACUAUUAGGAGGAUCAUUUGCUGCCUCAGAAGGGGUUAAUGCAGCCAUUACCUCUGGCAACGGUGGGAUUCGAUUUUCUGGUGGAGGAGGUAAUUUCCCUGUUCUGAUUGACGAUGUUGAAAACUCAGGACAGCAAAGUUUAAGUGGCGCCCAACAGGUUGGUGGUAACGGCAGUGCGGGGUCAAUGAUUCACUAUCCGAUGAGCAAUAUGAUUGGAAAGGAUUUUGGAAGUAUUUUAGAUGGCAAAGACCGCAAACCCUCCGAUGUCCUAGGUAGCUCUUCACGCGAAGGAGAUUCAGGUGCAAAUGAGUUUAUUUCCGUUGAGUUAAGAGGGGUGAAUGCCGGCCUGGAGGAUCUGGACAAUGAUUCCCGAGUUGAUGACGAGGGUAGUGACAGCGACAAUAUCUCUCCUGGUUCGUUUGAUCUUGUGGAGAUGGACGCUACGGAAAUUUUGGCCGAGCACACACAUUUCUGUGAGAUCUGUGGGAAGGGUUUCAAGCGUGACGCCAAUCUGAGAAUGCACAUGCGAGGUCAUGGCGACGUGUAUAAGACUGCUGCAGCUCUUGCACGUCCCGACAGAGGCACACAAAUCCCUACAUCGAACGCUUCGAGGCGAUACUCCUGCCCGUAUGUGGGAUGUAAGAGGAACAAGAAACAUCGCAAGUUCCAGCCUCUAAAGACUCUUCUGUGUGUGAAGAAUCACUAUCGCCGUAGCCAUUGUCCGAAAGUUCUCAAUUGCCAGAAGUGCUCGACGAAGAAAUUUUCAGUUGUUGCGGACUUAAAGACUCAUGAAAAGCACUGUGGUCGUGAAAAGUGGCUGUGUUCUUGUGGCACUACUUUUUCACGGAAAGAUAAGCUUGUGGGGCACAUUGGUUUGUUCGUGGGUCAUGCUCCUGCAAUGCCUCUGCAUGAUAUGGAAGGUGGGGUUGGAUCGAAUUUAAUUGUGGAUCAUCACCAGUCACCCGCUGAAGCGUUUGGUUUAGGAAGCAAGUCUCCGAUGGCUUUUUGGGAAUGACGAGGUCAUUGGCCCAGAAGCCAAUUUUGAGAGAUCAGACGAAUAUCCGCAAGUUUUUCCUGUGAUCGGAACUCCUGGUCUCUGAUACACGACGAUUUUCGUUGAUCCUGUUAACGUCGCCCAAUUCAGCUGUAUAGUAAGACCCUGAAAGUGAUGUUGUAAAUUUGUAGAGAUUAAAAUAGGACUACCUCCAGGCUACCUUGUUGUUUGAUCCGUGUGGGCCGAGCGUCCUGAUGACCGCUAGUCCCCAAUCAUAUGUAAGCAGGCACCACAAUACCGCUUCCGGUGGUCUUUCUUGAAAAAAAAUUAACAACACGUUAAAACCUCAUGGAAUCACAUAAACUAGGAAUCUAGUUAAAGUGUUUUUUGAAAUGUGAAAUGUACACUGUUAUGAAAAACAGUAAUCAGAGGGUUAGAAAAGUCAACCUGAUCCAGUUCUUCAGGUUCUCACUUUCUGCGUCGGAUGACGCUAUACCUGCUAAAUACGCGAUGGAAUUGAAGAUGUCAACUAUUAUACUUGUUUAA